AAAUUACUUGUUUAUAGACUUACGGCCACUUCGACGACUCGAGGCCGUUUCUGUCCCCGGCCCCUAAAAACUGUAGUACGUAGCGUACAGUAAACAAGGAGUCAUUCAUUUGAUACUUUAGAUAGCCAUUAAGGUAAUUAACAAUUAUGUUAAUGUCAUGAUGAUUGCACUCAAAGUUACUGUACAAAGGCUCUCAUUUGCCAGGUGAAGAUCAAUCAUUUAAGAAGACAUCUACUGCUUGCAACAACAAAUCACAGAUGCCAACACACAAACAAUAAUUCAAAUAAACUACUCAGUUACAGGCCACCUGAUUGGGCAAGCCAGCUUCAAAUGAUUCCAUUAGUGAAAGUUAAGCUUUUUCAGCCAUUUACACCUAUUCAUAAAUGGAGUCUUCCAAAUAUACCAGAUGAUAUUGAUAUUUAUAUCAAGCGAGAUGACAUGACUGGAUCUGUUUUAUCAGGUAACAAGGUACGGAAACUGGUGUUCUUACUAUGUGAAGCCUUAGCAACUGGUUGCCAAGCAGUGAUAACAUGUGGUGAAGUUCAGUCAAACCAUUGUCGCACAACAGCAGUUGCAGCUAAACAACUUGGUAUUGAAACCCAUCUUCUACUCAGGUCCAGGUCAGAGAACCUUUCUGAGACUGGUCGUCAUGGGAACAUGUUAUUGAACAGUUUGAUGGGUGCAUCCAUGUACUUGGUUCCCAUAAAAGCUCAAGAGAAGACCGACCUUGAGCCAAGAAUGCAGCGGCUUGCCGACAGACUGCAAGAAGAAAAGGGUAUGAAAGCAUAUUUAAUCCCUAUUGGUGGAUCCAAUGUUGUUGGCCUCCAUGGUUACUUAUGUGGCUGGCAAGAACUCUUAGAACAGGGAGUGACUGACAGGUUUGAUGAUGUCAUACUAACUGUAGGCAGUGGUGGAACAGCAGCUGGUGUUGCUAUUGGGAACUUCCUUACUGGAUCCCAUCUCAGGUAUUUAUGAAAUUGAUCUUUUUAUUUGGUGUUUGGUAAAAAACCUGCAGGGCAUCAGCUAUUAAAACAUAAUGACUUAGUACACACAUGUAUGGAGUGAACUGGAGUGUACUAGGGUCAAAGUUUGACACUUAUCUUGACAAGGCUUAAGAGCAGUUGUCUGUAAAAAUCAAAGAAAUUUCAAAAAUAGUGGCGGACUCAAAAAAAUGGAUUUCUUUCUAAUUUUGCA